AGUAUUAUUAUUCAUAGCAGGUAACGGAGACAGAGAGUUAGAGAGAGAAAGUCAGAGCUAGAGAGAGAAAGCGAAACCCUAAUUUUGUCACUACUUCAAUUCAAUUCAACACCAAUUUCAAUUUCUCCCCAAAUUCGAACUGUUUCAAUUUCUUCAAUACUGGAAUUCGAAACCCUUUUGUUCUCGUUUUGAAGAUGAUGGCGGAAGCGGAAAUUAUCUGUCAACAGAGCAUUCCCAUGUUGGAGGUCAAGUAUCACCUCUGCGUCGCACAAGAACACAACGUCAAGGUCGAGGUUUCACCCACCUCACCCCCUCAAUCUGUUCAGAUCUUCAGCCAAGCUGUGAGUUGCUCUGAGAUCAUUAAAGAAUCAAUUUUGGAGAUCCCUAAAGCUAAGUUUAUCCCGAAUGUGCGAUCUGGUAGCUAUGCUGAAAUUGGGCCGCGGGGAUCUAUGGAUGAUGAACACAUUCAGAUAGAUGAUCUAGCUGGGCACCUUGGAUUUGUGUUCAAGUGCCCAAUGCCGAGUGCGUUUUAUGGAGUUUUUGAUGGGCAUGGAGGGCCUGAGGCAGCUGCUUUUGUUAAGAGGAAUGCUAUGAGAUUGUUUUUUGAAGAUGUUGAUAUGCUGCAAUCAUACGAUACUGAUGCACUUUUCCUGAAGGAGUUGGAGGAUUCUCAUCGGAGAGCUUUUUUACGGGCUGAUCUUGCCUUGGCUAAUGAAGAAAGUGUUAAUAGCUCAUGUGGGACUACAGCAUUGACUGCCCUUGUACUUGGAAGGCAUUUGCUCGUUGCUAAUGCUGGUGACUGUCGAGCAGUUCUUUGUAGGAGAGGCAAAGCUGUUGACAUGUCCCAUGAUCACAGGCCGAGCUAUUUACCUGAGCGUAGGAGAGUGGAGGAGUUGGGUGGCUUUAUUGAUGAUGGAUAUCUCAAUGGUUAUCUUUCUGUAACUCGUGCCUUGGGGGAUUGGGACUUUAAAUUGCCAAUUGGCGCUGCAUCCCCUCUUAUUGCCGAGCCUGAUGUUCAACUGAUUACUUUGACAGAAGAUGAUGAGUUCUUGAUCAUUGGUUGUGAUGGGAUUUGGGAUGUAAUGUCUAGCCAAGUUGCAGUUAGUCUUGUUCGACGCGGAUUAAGAAGGCAUGAUGAUCCCCAGCAAUGUGCCAGAGAACUAGUCAAGGAAGCAUUGCGCCUAAACACAUCGGAUAAUCUCACUGUGAUUGUUAUAUGUUUGUCCUCCAUUGAAAGCACUGUUGAAUCAUGUCCACCCCAAAGGCGAAGAUUCAAAGCUUGCAGUCUGUCUGAAGAGGCCCGCAAUAGAUUAAAGAGCUUGAUGGAGGGAAAUUAACCGUUAAUGUAAUUGUUGUGAUUCACAAAUGUUCCUUUCAUUAGAAUAUUGAUCUGAUUUUUUGGCUGUUUCAGAGAGUUAGAACAAACAGCCCACAGUUUUGUAGGGAUAUAUAUUUGGUGAGGGGAAGAGAGGUUUUAGACCCUAUCUAAUUGUGAGAUGUCUUUUUUAUACUUAUGAUUUGAGAUGUAGAAACCAUUGCGGCUAAUUUUGGCUGAGUACAUCUUGCCACCAUCAGGGUGGUUUUGAUUUC